GGCUUUCAUGUUGUUUUCUGCAACCAGCAUUUCCUGCACAUAACACUUUAAUUGAAUUCGGUUUGGAACAGAAUUUGAAACUCUUGGACUCUGAGAAAUGGCUGGGAAUGAAUGGAUUGAUGGGUACUUGGAAGCAAUUAUUGAUAGUGGGGCUUCGGCGAUUGAUGAGCAGAAGCCUUCGCCAGUGAGUCUACGAGAGAGGGGACACUUCAACCCAACCAAGUACUUUGUGGAAGAAGUGGUCACAGGUGUUGAUGAAAGUGACCUCCACCGUACCUGGAUCAAGGUCGUUGCUACUCGCAACACUCGUGAACGCAGCUCCAGGCUCGAGAACACGUGUUGGCGCAUUUGGCAUCUCGCCCGCAAGAAGAAGCAGUUAGAAUGGGAAGAUUUCCAACGAAUGGCAAACAGGAGGUGGGAGCGGGAACAAGGACGCAGAGAUGCUACUGAAGACAUGUCUGAAGAUUUGUCUGAGGGUGAGAAGGGAGACACCAUGGGGGAGCUAAUGCAGAGUGAGACCCCAAGGAAAAGGUUCCAGAGAAAUAUUUCCAAUCUUGAAGUGUGGUCUGAUGACAACAAGGAAAAGAAGCUGUAUAUUGUCCUCAUCAGUUUGCAUGGUUUGGUCCGUGGAGAAAACAUGGAGCUUGGUCGCGAUUCUGACACUGGUGGACAGGUUAAAUAUGUUGUGGAGCUUGCUCGGGCACUUGUUAUGAUGCCAGGGGUAUACAGGGUGGAUCUCUUCACUCGCCAGAUAUCCUCACCGGAGGUGGAUUGGAGUUAUGGAGAACCUGCAGAGAUGUUAACCCCUGGCUCUGAAGAUACAGAUGGAAAUGAUGUUGGUGAGAGCAGUGGUGCUUAUAUUAUAAGGAUUCCGUUUGGGCCAAGGGACAAGUAUCUUCACAAAGAGUUACUUUGGCCAUAUAUUCCAGAGUUUGUAGAUGGAGCUCUUGCUCACAUUCUUAAUAUGUCCAAGGUCUUGGGUGAACAGAUUGGUGGAGGCCAACCUGUUUGGCCUUACGUUAUUCAUGGCCAUUAUGCAGAUGCUGGGGAUAGUGCUGCACUUCUUUCUGGUGCUUUCAAUGUCCCAAUGGUUCUUACCGGACAUUCUCUUGGAAGGAACAAAUUGGAACAACUUCUAAAGCAAGGACGCCAAUCAAAGGAGGAUAUCAAUUCAACAUACAAGAUAAUGCGGAGGAUAGAAGCAGAAGAGUUAUCUCUUGAUGCAGCUGAACUUGUCAUCACAAGUACAAGGCAAGAGAUUGAAGAGCAGUGGGGCUUAUAUGAUGGCUUUGAUGUGAAGCUGGAGAAGGUCUUGCGUGCCCGUGCCAGACGUGGGGUCAAUUGCCAUGGGCGGUACAUGCCAAGGAUGGUGGUUAUUCCUCCUGGCAUGGACUUCAGCAGCGUGGUGGUUCAAGAGGACACACCUGAAGUUGAUGGAGAUCUCACAGCACUUAUAGGUGGCACUGAUGGGUCUUCUCCUAGAGCAGUCCCACCUAUAUGGUCUGAAGUGAUGCGCUUCUUCACAAAUCCUCAUAAACCAAUGAUCUUGGCCUUGUCAAGACCAGAUCCAAAAAAGAACAUCACCACCCUAUUGAAAGCUUUUGGGGAAUGUCGUCCAUUGAGAGAGCUUGCUAAUCUUACACUCAUAAUGGGGAACAGGGAGGAUAUAGACGUGUUGUCUAGUGGUAAUGCAAGCGUGCUCACUACAGUAUUGAAGAUGAUCGACAAGUAUGACCUCUAUGGCCUUGUGGCAUACCCGAAACAUCAUAAGCAAUCCGAUGUUCCAGAUAUCUACCGUCUUGCAGCGAAAACAAAGGGAGUCUUCAUUAAUCCAGCAUUGGUUGAGCCUUUUGGUCUUACUUUAAUUGAGGCAGCAGCACACGGGCUUCCGAUGGUUGCUACUAAAAAUGGUGGUCCAGUUGAUAUUCAGCGGGCACUGAACAAUGGGUUGCUUGUGGACCCGCAUGAUCAACAAGCCAUAGCUGAUGCACUGCUUAAACUAGUUUCAGAAAAGAAUCUAUGGCAUGAAUGCCGAAAGAAUGGAUGGAAAAAUAUACACCUAUUCUCCUGGCCUGAACACUGCCGCACAUACUUGACGAGGGUGGCAGCAUGCCGGAUGAGGCAUCCGCAAUGGCAAACAGAUACACCUGUGGAUGACAUGGCCGCAGAAGAGUCCCUCGGUGAUUCACUCAUGGAUGUGCAGGACAUGUCCCUCAGGCUAUCAGUAGAUGGGGAGAAGUCUUCACUCAAUGGUUCCUCGGAUACUGCUGAACUAGUGAAAGUGGCAGCAGCCAAUAGUGAUCCAGAGGUACAAGACCAAGUAAAACGGAUCCUAAGCAGGAUAAAGAAACCAGCAUCAGAUCCCCAAGAAGACAUGGAUGGAAAGAAACAGCCUGAGAAUGUGGUGAACAAGUAUCCCGCCCUGAGACGACGAAAGAAACUGAUUGUUAUAGCAAUUGACUCUUAUAACAGCAAUGGAGAUCCAAACAGUAAGAUGCUUCAGGUAGUGCAAGAAGUAUUCAAGGCUGUCAGAUCAGAUCCCCAAGCCUCUAGAUUCUCCGGAUUUGCUUUGUCAACAGCUAUGUCGGUGUUUGAAACUCUAGAAUUCUUGAAAUCUGGAAAGAUUCAAGCAACUGAGUUCGAUGCUUUGAUAUGUGGCAGUGGGAGCGAAAUGUAUUACCCGGGUAUUUUCACAGAAGAGAAUGGGAAGCUCUAUCCAGAUCCAGACUACACUUCCCAUAUUGACUACCGUUGGGGUAAUGAAGGCCUAAAGAAGACCAUUUGGAAAUUGAUUAACUCACUGGAUGGUAGAGGAGAUAUAUCUAAUGAUUCUUCAAGUCCCAUUCAGGAAGAUGAAAAGUCAGGCAAUUCUCAUUGCGUGUCAUAUCUGAUCAAGGAUCCCACUAAGGUGAAAAGAGUGGAUGAUCUGAGGCAGAAGCUAAGGAUGCGUGGGCUGCGUUGCCAUCCAAUGUACUGCAGGAAUUCAACAAGAAUGCAAGUUGUCCCUCUGCUCGCCUCUCGAGCUCAGGCUCUCAGGUACCUUUAUGUUCGUUGGGGACUGAAUGUUGCAAAUAUGUGCUUGAUACUGGGCGAAAUGGGUGAUACAGAUUAUGAGGAAAUGAUUUCAGGAACCCACAGGACAGUGAUCCUGAAAGGGUUGGUGGAGAAAGGUUCUGAAGAGUUGCUCAGAACAACAGGAAGCUAUCUGAGAGAUGACAUUGUUCCUGGGGAAAGUCCAUUUGUGAUCUACACAGCUGCUGCAACUGCUGAGGAGAUCUCAAAUGCUUUAAAGGCAGUAUCCAAGUCUAUUGCUUGAAUAUGAGAGGACAAAACCUAUCUGUGCUAUCGAGAUGGAGGUUUAUGUGAUCUUAUUUUUCACUUACUUGAAGUGCAAAUCUCCCAGUUAUUCGCGAUAUGGUAGUAAACCAAAAUGUAGCCAGAUGAUGGCCACCAUUUUCUCAUAUUUUUAUGUCGUUAAUUCACAGAUAACAGCACGCAAGUUACUGUGACUAUAAUUGCUUCAUCAGCUCUUUUUCUCUUAAUUGUGUUGGAUGAAUUCCACCCAGAAAUUAUAGCAACUAAGAUAUACCACGAGCUUGAGAAAUAUCCUAGCGCUUGGAGCAUAAAAAAUUGCAUACCACUGCCUCAAUCACUUGCAUGUAAUACCAUACACAUCCAAGAAAUGUCAUUAACAACUAGUGCUCA